AAGAAUUCUUUAUUUCAAAAUCUGAAUAUGCAAAAUGGAUUAAAAAGUUUCAAAAAACCAAAACGUCUUUAGUAAAAUAUGACUGUAAAAGACAUAAACUAUUUAUUUGCAGAUUUUGCUUUGGGGAAUGGUUUUAUAAAUCGGAUUCUUGUCAGAAGCAGUUAAAUCAAUCAGAAAAACAAAAGAUUCGAGAAAUUCAAUCUGGUCAAUGGCGUGAUAAGGGUAAAAAAAUAUAUAGACCAGUUGCUGAUAUUGUAUACUGGCCAAAGAAUAGGCAUUGGGAAUCGAUUAAAGAUAUUCCAGAUAGUACAGCUCUAUCAAUUCAUGAUUCUAUUACGCGAUAUCGAAAUUCAUAUCUCAAUAGAGGAGGUGGAUCUGGUAAAACAACACAAGCUAUCAAAAUUUUUAAAGACAUAAACAUAGUUGUUUUUACUCAUACAAAUGCAUUAGCCAAAGACUUCCAAAAUAACCAGUGGACUCCUGAACGUAUGGGAGAAAAAAAAUUCCUGCGAGUUGUUAUAUGGGAUGAAGUAUGUACAGUGCCUAAACAUAUUUUAGAAAAGUUUAUCGAUUACUUACUAGAGCAAAAAUAUCAGGAAGUCUUGACUGACUAUCGGGCCAAAUGUUCUAAAUUAUAUGAACUCAAAAAGGGAAUGCGUCAUAAAAAUAAUCGAGUACAAUCAGAAUUAUUUCGUAGAGCAAUUCCAGUUAUAGAAAAAUGGAAAUAUCUAGAAAAAAAAUGGUCUCCUUCAGAUUGA